CGCCGUUCGUCAGCGGCGAGUGGCCUCGCGGCGCCGGAUUCGUCGCUCCGCCAGUAGUGCGCCUGCGCGGUCGCUGGGGCUCGUACCUCAGCUUCCCCUCCCCCGACCCCCUCGGGGGCUCCGAGCCCGGCGGGACCAUGUUCACCACCACCGGCUCCAGUGGGCUCUACAAGGCGCCUCUGUCGAAGAGCCUUCUGCUGGUCCCCAGUGCCCUCUCCCUCCUGCUAGCCCUCCUCCUGCCUCACUGCCAGAAGCUCUUUGUGUAUGACCUCCACGCAGUCAAGAACGACUUCCAGAUUUGGAGGUUGAUAUGUGGAAGAAUAAUUUGCCUUGAUUUGAAAGAUACUUUCUGCAGUAGUCUGCUUAUUUAUAAUUUUAGGAUAUUUGAAAGAAGAUAUGGAAGCAGAAAAUUUGCAUCGUUUUUGCUGGGUUCCUGGGUUUUGUCAGCCUUAUUUGACUUUCUCCUCGUCGAAGCUAUGCAGUAUUUCUUUGGCAUCACUGCAGCUAGUAAUUUGCCUUCUGGAUUCCUGGCACCUGUGUUUGCUCUGUUUGUACCAUUUUACUGCUCCAUACCAAGAGUCCAAGUGGCACAAAUUCUGGGCCCGUUGUCCAUCACAAACAAGACAUUGAUUUAUAUAUUGGGACUACAGCUUUUCACCUCUGGUUCCUACAUCUGGAUUGUAGCCGUAAGUGGACUUAUGUCCGGUCUGUGCUACGACAGCAAAAUGUUCCAGGUGCAUCAGGUGCUCUGCAUCCCCAGCUGGAUGGCAAAAUUCUUUUCUUGGACACUUGAACCCAUCUUCUCUUCUUCAGAACCCACCAGCGAAGCCAGAAUUGGGAUGGGAGCCACGCUGGACAUCCAGAGACAGCAGAGAAUGGAGCUGCUGGACCGGCAGCUGAUGUUCUCUCACUUUGCACAAGGGAGGCGACAGAGACAGCAGCAGGUUGGCAAAGGCAGCAAGAUGGGACAGAGGGAGCAGCUGCAGUUCCAGCAAAAGCCUCGCUGGUCUUACGGAGCACAGUGGAGCUGGGAGAGCCCUUCUGAGUUGUCCCAAAAUGGGGACCAGUCCUGUUGGAGCCAACCCUGGGAAGGAGAAAAUGACCCCAAAUUUGGCAGACAAAAGAAUGAAGGAAGGGAAAACAGAAGAGACGAUGCAGAAAUGGGUAAUCCACACUCUGAGAGAUGCACUUCCAUUCUUAAGUCUUCAAGGCCGCUGUCUCAGUCCUCGCUGUGUGGCCCUUACCGUCACCAGCAUUCAGUGCUUAAGAGGCAUGUCACUCAGUCAAGGGAGUGAGGAAGCUGCAAGACAAGGCCUUGGCAUGCUGUUCCUGUGCUGAUGUCCCUGACCUGCAGCUGGGCUGUGGGCUGUGGAAGCCUGUGGUCCCUCCACGCCACGCUCACACCACCACCUCCUUCUCACAGAGCAGCCUUAGCAUUCUCAUUCUCUACCAAAACCAAAACACAGGAAAAGGUUGGGACACCUCUGGUCCUGACGGUCCCUGGAGGAAAAAUUCCCCAUGAGGAGUGAUAGGUCAGUCACGUUUUCAAAACAAACGAGAGCCAGGGCACCGGCCUGUGGCUCAGCCCGCAGUGUGCUUGGUGCCACACGCCCCCCAACAGCUGCCCGGAGUCUCACCCCGCUCUGUGCAGGGGGCCAGGAGGGCAGCAGCGGCACAGACCCACUGGACGCCCUGGUGCAUGGCUGAGCCAUCUGUGUCCCGUGGCUCUCUCCAGAGUCCCUUCCCCUCACCUCCAGGGCCUCCCCAGAUGGAACUGGCUGGGAGCCGUGCUUUGUUGAAACAAAGGAAAAACCUGUCUCUCUUGGGUUUGCAGCUGCUGUUGAAAGCAAUUGAACCUGUUUGUAAAAUUGUACCUAUGUCACAGUAAGAUCAGCUGUGCUAGGUAUGUCAGGCCUCUGAAAAGAAAUGUCAUUAAAGUAAACAAGACUUGGGACACAUGUCUGUCAUAUUGUACACAGUAGAAGCAUCCCUUGCAGGGGCUGUUGGGUUGCAUCCUAAGCUGUGCUGGAGCUUCCCGAUGUCCUCUGUAGAUGUCUUUGUACCUUCUGUCCUCACUGCCAUCCCCAGUCAGUCCCUGGAACACCAAGCUGUGGCCCUGACCCUUUUAGCCCCUGCAUGGAAUGCACAGGCAAGGCCUGUGGCCUUUGGGACUCCAGCCGACUAGAGCAAGACAGAGGAAGAAGAGACGGGGCAGAGGGCAGCCAAUGGUUGGAAACUUCUUUCCCCUAAGCCAAAAGGUUCUCAAAACUGAGCAACAGGAUGUAUUGUGUCUCUUGAUCGUAUUGCCAUGGAAACUGCCUUCUGUUCUGCCUAGAAGAAAUAGUACUGUUUGAAGUAUCUCAUCCAUCAACACUGGUCACUGUGAGAAACCACAAAGGAAAAGUGAAACCGAGAGCUGCAAAACUAGCCUGGGACUUUGUUCAAGUGAUCAUCUCCUUUCCCUCUAGUUUAUUAUUUUUUCCAAUACCUACUGAGACUACUGCGAAGCAGCACAGAUACAAUACACUGUUUGUAUAGCACGACACAAAGGUGAUGAGUGGCACUUCACAUGACAGGGUUAGAUUCAGUCUUCUGAGUUUUCUAAGGUUCAUAUUUUUAAGACUUUACCAAGGAACCAAGGUUUUCAAAUACGCAGCAUGGUUUCUUCUGGGCCUUGCAUUGCCCCAUCUCUUAUCCAAGCAGUGAAUGUGUUGCCAGUUUAUGUGUGUGGUGCUGGUGGUGGGCUUUGUUUGGUUUUCUUUUUUUGGGCUUUGUUUGGUUUUUCCCUGGUUUUGCCACAAAGCUUUUGCUGAGGACAGCAGCCUCUGUGGUGUCUUUUCUCUCUGUAUUGUGCUUACUCUUGUAGUCAUGCACCACAUAACAAUAUGUUUUGGUCAACGACAGAUCGUAUGUAUGACAGUGGUCCCAUAAGAUUAUGAUGCCAUAUUUUUGCUAUGUCUUUUCUAUGUUCAGAUACACAACUACCAUUGUGUUACAGCUGCCUCCAGUAUUCAGCAGUGACUUGCUGUACAGGUUUGUAGCCUGGUCGCCAUAGGCUACACCAAGCAGCCUUGGUGUGUAGUAGGCGAUCCCAUCUAGGUUUCUGUAAGUACACAGCAACAAAGUCACCCAACAGCACAUUUCUCAGAAUGAAGCCCUGUUGUUAAGCGACACGUGACUACAGUUCUAAGUCUAACAAGAUGCCUCUUGUUCAGUCCUGAAGUGCUUCUUGUUUAGUUUUAAUGUACGUUUGUUUUGUUAUCUCAGCCAAACUCUUUUCAGGGCCAUAGGAAAUUAGUCAUUUCUCUGUGUCACAGCCUCCUUAUCUGGCCCCAGGACAGUGCACCGCGCAUAGAAGGCAAAUGAGUGAAACUAAGUGUAAGCAUAUUAUACUUACACCAAAAGCUGCAGCUUCCACAGAGCACAGGGAAUUGCAAAUAACUGUCUUCUAUGAGGAGCUGCCAUUUGUGGUUUCACCACAGUUUCCCAGCAUUGCUUCUUUGUAACUCCUGGUUCUUGUGUUAGAAGAGGAUGCUAUGUCCAUGAAGAAUGUAGAUAUCAAGCAUGUCCUUUGGGAGCCUCCUCGUUUUAACCCCUCUCACCCCUUCCACCCCACCUUCAUUAGUAACCUACCACCUGGGUCUUCAUAUCCCAACUAACUACAGUCUUGGCUAAGAAAACCCCAUACACCUUAACUCAGCAAUAUACCUCACUAUGUCUUUGUCCAUUCAGUUAUCCAUUUUGUGACUGUUUCUUGAGUACUUGCUUAUGCCAGGUUGUACAGGGGGCCAGGUCUACAAACAGGACAAGAUGGAGAAUCACAGCCCCCGUGGAGCUAAUAGGCUGUUGUGAGAUUCAGGUUAGCCUGCAAGUGAAAUGGGAUGUGCUGACAGCUGUCCUGGGGAAGGGACAGUGAGGCGUGAGAGCACGCAGAGGAGUACGGGGUGGUGAGAGCAGGCUCCCCAGUGGGAGUAGAGAAUGUGUGGGCAGGGUGGUGAGAAAGUGACUCCAGUGGCAGACAGGAGUCUGGUAAGCCCAGGUAAGAAAUUUCCGUCAGAUUCUGAAAGCAACAGGGAUGCAUUGAGUAGCAUCAAAGGGGAGGAUGUCUGUAGUCAUCCGAAAAGGCCCUUAAUGUACUCUCCCUUUCUUUUCUAACUGUGUAUCUAUGUGGCUGGAUUUGCUUCAUGUACUUCAAAAGCCAGAGUAACAUAGAACAGAAUUGAAUGCAGAAGCAGAUGGGAGAAUCCAGCAACCUUCUAGUAAGUCAGACAUUAAAGAGAUUUGCAAAAAUGGAAAACAGUGCCACUCUUCUCAGUAAUUCUGUUUGGGAAAACAUGGUUAUUUUUUAUUUCAAAAAUCUAUAUUUAUGUUAGCAAGUAAUAGGCUUGUGAUUGUUAAUGAGUUAUUAAAUAUUUUUAAAUUAAUAAAAGGGCAAUGAGGAGCCAGCGAAGGGUUUCUAUGUAGAGGAGGGGCUUGACGAGAUUUGUAUCUUAGGAACUAACUCUGGAGCCACCCCGGCUAUGGACUGUGGUCUCACACGGGGCAGUGAGAGUGAGGGUGGAGACAGAGGCGGAGGAGUUCCAGUGGACAGAGCCUGGAGAUCUGGUUUAUGCAGUGGAUGGAUGUGGAUGUCAUGCCCUAAGACAGGGGACACAGCAAGAGAUAUGGGGUUGGAGAUGAGUUUGUUUGGGAUGUGUUCUAUCUUAGGUGUCUCCUUAACAUUUAGAUGAAAUUGUGUCCAGGAGACAGUGGGUUACAUGGCUCUGAGACACGGUGUUUGGGUUGGAGGUUCGAGUUUGGGAGUCUCUACCCAGUGAAGCCCUAGGAAUGGAUGGGCACCUAGAACACGGAAGAAGGAGAGAAACACUCCCCACAUGGAACCUUCAAGAACACCCGUGUCUGAAGGACAGGAGUGGGAGGAGGAGAAUCUGAGGACACUGAGAAGGCAUAGCCAGAGGGCUAGAAAGAAAGCGGGAUGCCACAAAGCCCAGGGAAGAGAACGUCGAGGAAGAGUGGUCAGUAAGACCUGGUGCUGCCAGAGGGCAGGUCAGAGAGCGCUCAGGAGGAUCCACUGGAUCUAACAAAGGGUGCUUUGAUAACCUGGAAGAAAAAGGAAAAACUGUUUCAUUAUUAAAAUACCAGACUGUGAGCUUCUAAAAGGCAAGGAGGUUGUCUUAAUUCUCUUUCUACUUUAGUUGCUGAAAGUAUCACCAGGUACAUUAGUAGAUGUGAUAAUUUUGUGAUUUUACAUUAACUCAUUCAAGUAAAACGAUCUAGUCUUUUUCUGCCCUUGAUCUCCGUGGUAGGUCAUCCCCUUUGUCAGAGGCUCCUGUUAAAUCAACCUGUUUCUUGAAUGUGUAGGUAUUUCCUUAUGGCCUCGGUAAAGCUUCCCAGCCACUGUGCCAUGGUCAUAGAUGGGCUGAGAUACCGGUCCCCUCCCCCCUUGGGGGCAACUGGAAAGGGCCUAAAGACACUGGGCCAGCUGUAAACAGUUUCGGCUUUUCCUGUGGGCCAUGCAAAUGUGUCUUUUUCUGUGUGUGCCAUGAGGUGGAAAACAUUUGAAAGCCUUGGUCCAUAGCACACUGAGUAAGUCCUUGUGUGGGCCCUGCCUCACCUCCUGUGUGCCCAAGCACAGCACCCCUAAACAGUCACAUCGCCCUUUGCUGCCUACCCCAUGGUCUCCCCCAGAACCUUCCCUGCAUGGUGGCCUGCAGGGGGCCACCAAUUGUAGACUGGAGGUGCCCCUGCUGCAUGCUUCACACUUCAAAACCUGGCAUGCUGAUAAAGGCUUUCUGAGCACCAAAGACUAAGAAGAAAGGGUGCAUUUGUUUCCAGUGGCCAACAGUCUUAAAAUAAGAUGAAGAUGCUUUUGGAAGUCAUUUUGGCUUUUCUAAAACAUCACAUUCAUAAUGCCCCCUCUGUAAUUGUUCUCCAUUUUACUCUUUUAUGGGGCACCAACUUGUACGAGGAGUCAGCUCAGGCUGCACUGAGCUGAGAGUGGUACUGGCCACCUGGGAAAUAUGUUCAGGUCUUCCAUCCAUCGCAGCCCUCCAGGAUCCUAUAGUCUAGUCGGGAAGACGAGAAACAAUACUGUAUAAAGUAUAAGGCCAAGUAGUAAGGAUGAGAAUAAUCAUAGCUAAGCUGCAAUAAGCUUGUAGAUGGCUUUACGUUCUAUUUUAAAUGUUUCACAUGAAUUAACUCUUUUGAUUCUCAUACUCUCCAUGUGAGGUGGGUGCAGUUAUUAUUACCACUUUACAGGUGAGAAAACCAAGGGUCAUGGAAGUGUUUGAAAAGGUGUUACAACAAGAGGCAGAGCUGGGAUUUGAGCCCAGGUGUUCUGGCUCUAGAGACUGUUCUUAUUCAGCUUCCUCUACCUUUUUGUCCCUCUGCCGUUAUUCCUUAGCAUUGCUUUGCUCCUUGAAGGCAGUAUAAACCCACUUAGGCCCCUUUCUUUGAACACCUUGGGGAAAAUGCCUUGCUUGCUCUCUUCUCCGUCGUUGAAAUCAUUCUCUUUUAAUAUUCAGCCCCAGCCCCAUCCUCUUGGAAGUCUUACCCCUGUGCUUUGGCCGCAGUGGGUUGAUGUCCACUCUGAGCUUUUCUAGUCCUUUUAAUUUAGGCCUCCCAUCUUAAUUAUAUAUCAUCUUGCAUUGUUCUGGCUUUUCCAUUUCUGGGUAUCUUGCCUUCCCCCGAGGAGAUGGUGCGCUCCUUGGGAGCAAGGACGAGACUGCGUGCCUGGCUCACACUCUCCUGUGGACGCUCGAGUGCCCGAGGUCAGCCACCCGUGAGCUCUUCUGGCUUCUCUGAUGUAGACACUGCCUGACCAUCCCAUCCAGAAACCUUUCAAUGCCUGUAGAACAUAGAUUUCUGUUCCAUGGAACUUCUGCUUAAUAAAAUGUCAGAAACUUUUACUGCUCCUCAGCUGGGAAACCACAUGUAUGUAUGUAUUAAUAUAUACUAUUCAUUCAUACAUGUAUAUAUACUCAAGAAUUUUUACUUCAUUUGAAAUCUUCUUACAAACUAAUAACAAGUAUUUCAUAAAACGCCUGUUCAAACUGCAAGCUGUUUCCUUCUUCAUUUUUAAAAUAUGUGGUUAUUGCUUUUGAAGAAGACAAAGUGAAGGAAACAUUUCCUGUUUAUAGAGGCUCAUAUUUAACCCUACGUAAAGAGCAGAUUCAUGUCAAAACAUCCUAGAACCUAGAGCUGUAACUUUCUGCUUUUUAAGCACUUUUCUACUAUCACAGGAGUAGAGGGAUUGGGGUUUUGUUUGCUUUGCCUACUCUUUGAUUCUCUCACUCUCUUGUAAGAAAUGAAAUGGAACUCAAAGCCCAUUCCCCUUCCACUAUCCUGAAGUGGGUGUGUUGUGUGCCUUUGCAUGUUUUUGUAUCUUUACUACAUAAGUACUUACCAGGGUUUCUCAACCUAGACACCGUUGACAUUUUGAUCCAGACCAUUCUUUGUUAUAGGGGCUGCCCUGUACGUUGUAGGAUGUUUAGCAACAUCCCUGAUCUCUACGUACUAAAUGCCAACAGCACCACCAUCCUGUCCCCGCUCUCCUCCUUCACUUAACAACCAAAACUGUGAGCAGACAUUGCCAAAUAUCUCCUGGGUUGGGGGUAGGAGAACAGAGUCACCAUUAUCAUAUAUCCAUCUAAAAAAGUUAAAAUAGACCGGACGCAAUGGUGCACAGCUGUAGUCUCAGCUACUCAGGAGGCUGAGAUGGAAGAUUGCUUGGGUCCAGGAGUUCAGGACUGCAGUGCGCCAUGAUUGUGCCUAUGAAUAGCCACUGCUCUCCAGUCUGGACAAUGUAGCAAGACCCUCAUCCCCAAAAAAAGUUAAAAUAGUAUAUAUACUCUUGUUCUGAGUAUUUUUUAAUUUAUGUAAAUAGUAUUACAUUUUAUUUAUAUUAUUUACAUAAACUACAUACAAUUUAUGUAAAUGGUAUAUGUAUAUAUUAUAUAUGCAUAUUCUUGUACAACUUUAUUUGUUCAUUAAACAUUGUAUAUUUGAGAUUUACCCAUGUAAAUCUAGUUCAUUUAUUCUAGCUGCUUUUAUAAUGGUCCUUUAUAUAAUAGAACCACUUAUUAAUUUAUUUCCCUCCUUAGGAACAACUGAAUUUUUUCCAUUUUCUUACUUAAUAUUAUAACCAGUGCUUCACAGAAGAUCCUCAUACAUGACCCCGUCAGUAUUCACAGCUCCCUGGAGGUGAAGUUGCCAGGUCAUAGACUAGAAUAGUUUCACUAGAUCUUGACAUGUUGCUCUCCAAAAGGCUUGUGUCAGUUUGUACUCUCAUCAGCAACUUACCAGAGUUACCAUUUCUUUCACGUCAUUGCCACACUCAGUAUUAUUGGGCUGUGUAUUUUUGCAAGUCUUGUGGGUAUAAAAUAACUUGUUUUCAUUUGCCUUUCCCUAACACUAGUGAGAUUGAAUAGCUUUUCAUAACUUGGGAUUUCCCCUUCUGUAAAUGGACUAUUCAUAUACAUUAUCUGCUUUUCUCUUGAGUCACUUACUUUUUUCUCGUUGAUUUAUAAGUGUUGUCUUAUAAGUUCGUAAGUGUCAUCGAUUUAUUAAGUCUCAUUGAUUUGUAACUUUUGAAUUUUGAGCAUAUAGCAGUUAUAUGUUGUAAACAUUUUCUCUCAAUCUGUAGUUUGUCUUAUUUAAUUCAAACUUUUAAUACAAAAGUUCUUACAGGUAAAGUAAUUUUUAACCACUUUUUUCGUUGUGAUUUAUGCUUCCUAUUUCUGUUUUAGAUAUCCUUUCCUAUCCUAAUGACAUGAAAAUAAUCUCCUGUUUCUUCAAAAAAAUUUUCACAGUUUGGCUUUCCACAUUUAAAUCUUUAAUCUUAGUGUUUAUUUUUGUGGGUGGUGUGAAGUAAAGGUCUAGUUUUAUCUUCUCCCUAUCUAUAGACAUUUGUCCCAGGACUGUAUUCAGUGCGGACUCAUAACCAAGUGCCCAUGUUUACUGUUGAUUCCUAGACUCUGUCUUCUGUUUGGACUUUUUGCCUAACUUACACUAAUACCACAUGACUUUAAUUACUGCAGUCUAAUACUAAGUCCUAAUAACUGGUAGAGAAAUCCUUUCUUAUACUUCUUUAAAAUAGUCAUGCCUAGUUUUGAGCUUUAACUUCAAGUAGUCUAGUCCCACCAAAAUAUACACAUGUGCAUACUUUUGAAUUUUGAGUAUAUAACAGUUAGGGAGUAGGAAUAAUAAUAGGAAUCUGACUCCAAAUGACAGAUAACACAAAACAGCAGAAACUCAACCAAGGUAGUUUAUUUCUGUCUUGUAUAGAAGUCCAGCAGCAGUGGGCAGCCCACGCCAGCAGGGCAGCGUCCUGAAGGUAUCAGUCCCCGGCUCUUUGCUGCUGCUGUAUCCUCAGCACAGGGCUUCCACCUGAUCCCCUAAGAAGGGCGAGCCCCUGCCUCUGAGGAUCUUCCUGGUCGGCCCAUAUUCCCUUUCUGCUGACAUACCAAUGUCAGAACCUAGUCAACGUGGCGGGAUACUGAGAAAGGUAGCAAGUCACACAUAUAUACACACCCAAGAAAACCAAAACUGGUUUUUCCAAGGGGGGAAAAUGGAUAUUGGAAAUGAACCAGCAGUCAGCUAUACUGGAGUUGGCAGUGUCUGGAUAGAUUAUAGGGUUACAUGUUACCAGACUCAAUUCAGGAACAUGCUGAAUCUUUCCAUUUACUUAGAGAUCUUGCAGAUCUUUUGGUUGAUUUUAUUCUUAACUACCUUAUAUUUUUAUUAAUAGUAAUUUUUUGUACUUACAUUCUCUAAAUGAUUUCAAUAGAGGAAUGUUACUUUUUAAUCAUACUCUCUUGUUAGUUCUCAUGCUUUGAGAGACAUUUGUAAACACUCUUGGAUUUUCUAGGUAGAUAGUCAUCAUUUGAAUAAUGAGUUUUGUUUCUCUUUUUCUGUCUUUACGUGAGAUUUUUGUUUGGGUUUGGUUUUGUUCUCAUUAUGCUGUGACUUGUGCUGAAUGCAAGAAUUGGCAAUAGGCAUUUUUGUCUUCAUGAAUGGGUACUGAAUUUUGUCAAAUUGUUUUCAUAUCUAUUGAGAUGAGCGUUUGAUUUUUCUCCUUCAAACUGUUAAUGUGUGGAUUAUGUUGCUAGUUUUUCUAAGAUUUUUUAGAUAAAUCCUAAUAUAGUACAUCGUACUAGAUAAGAGAAUUAUUUUUUAAACAUUGUUGGAUUGAAUUUGCUGAUAUUUUAUUUAGGACUAUUAUAUCUACCCAAGAAAAAUAAACUAUAUAUUGUAUAAUUUUUCUUGCUCAUAAUGGCCUUGUCUAGUUUUGGAAACAAUGUUAUGCUAGUCUCAAAAAAUUAGGUAGGAAACUCUCCUUCCUUUUCUGUACUCUAGAGCAGUUUAUAUAAGAUAAGGAGUCAUUAAAGGUUUCAUACACUUCACCUGUAGGUUUUUGGUGGGUAGAUUUUUAAGUACUGUUUCAAUUACAUUAAAGUAUGACAUGUAUCCAGAAAAGUACAUGCUAUAUAAUAAUAAUCAUACAAAUGUACUUUUUGUGUUUAUUUUGUUCAACAUCAUUUGAGGGAUUCAGCCAUAUUGUUGCAUGUCAUUAUAGUUCAUUCAUUCAAACUGCUUUAUUAGAUUACAGUAGGUGAAUAUGCCAUAACUUACCCAUACUAUAGUUGAUGGGCAUUUGGGUAGUUCCCAUCUUUGAUUGUUAUAAAUAAUGCUGCUGAGAACAUUCUAGUCCAUGUCUUUUGAUGAACAUGUGUUUGAAUUUCUUUUAUUCAGGAGUGGAAUUGCUGAGUCUCACUAUGGCUCAGCUUAAGUAGAUGGUCCUGAACAAUUUUCAAAGAUAAUUACCAAUGUCUGUUUUCUCUAGAAUAAGUUUUAAUAAGUUAUGCUUUUCUAGAAAGUUGUCUUUCAUCAAAGUUAUUGGUAUGAAUAAAGUAUUCUUGUGAUUUUAAAACAAUCUGCCAUCAUAUCCCUUGUAUUAUUCUUAAUACUGUUUCUUUGUGCUCCUUCCUUUGUCUUUUCAUCAAGCUUGCCAGGUUUGCCUAUUUUAUUUGACUUUGUAACAGCCAGCAGUAGGUUUUAGUGACUCCUUCUGUUUUUUUGUUUUCCAUUUUACUGGCAUUUGCUCUCAACUUUCUACUUUCUUCUUUCUCAUUUCUUUAGAUUAUUGUUACUUUCUCUAACUUCUUAAAUUGGGUAUACUUAACCCUUUAAUUUUCAGUUUUCUUUUUUUAAUUUAAGCUCAAUAUUUUAAAAUUACAUCAACCACUUUAUUACAUCCCAUGAACUUUGAUAGGUGGGUAAUAGUUUUAUUCAUUCUUAGAUAUCUUCUAAUUUCCAUUAUGAGGAUUUUUUUGGUUUCCAAAUUUGUGAGGUUUUUUGUUUUAGUUAUUAUUUUGAUACUGAUUUCUAGUUUAAUUGCAUUAUGGUGAGAAUAUAAUCUGUGUAAUGUUUAUGAUUCGGUAUUUGUGAAUAUUUCAUAUAGGAUCUAGUACACAAUUACUUUGUAAAUACUUUAAAUGUAAUGGAAAAGAAUGUAUAUUCUCUAAACAUUAAAUGCAAGGUAUAUAUGUCCAUUCAGAAAUAAACUUGUUAUUUAUUUUUACAUUAUU